CAUUUCUAAGACUGAUGCAAUAUCAUUCAAGACGAGAGCGCUUUUCUUAGAAAUACAAGUUGUUGUCCUUUUCCUAUCCUUUCCCCUAGAAUCCAAAUACAUCUGUAUGCCACGUUGUUCCCUGUAAAAUGGUUGUAACAGUUCAGUUUUCCUUCCCAGACCUUUUUGUAGCCACAGCAUAAAUGCUAUUUUAACAUGAACUUUGUGACUGCCAAUAUAGUUACCUCACGGUUGUGUAGAUUUUCCACGAAGACAUGGGGCAUGCUUUCCCUGGGGGGAACACCACCUUAGCAAGUAUUUUGGACAGGAAAUAGAGAAACAGAACAUACAUGCAUUUCGGAAGACCAUCUGUUAUGACGAAAUGACUUCUUCAGAAGACUACUUAGAGAGAGCCAUACAGGAAAUGCUUCAUCUAAGAACAAAAGCAUGGUGACUUCUGAAUAUUACAUCACCAAAUGAGGAACCCACAAGCAAGACAUAAUUUCUACUUGGCGGCACCUGACUUGCUGGAUCCCAAAUCGGCCACUCAGAACUCCAAACCAAGAUUAUCAUUUUCUACCAAGCCUACCGUGCUUUCUUCACGGGAGGAAAGUGAUUCAGCUAUUAAUGUUAUGAAAUGGAAGACAGUCUCAACAAUUUUUCUGGUGGUAGUUGUGUAUUUAAUAAUUGGAGCAACAGUAUUUAAAGCCCUGGAGCAGCCUCAUGAAACCUCCCAGAGAACCACCAUUGUGAUUCAGAAGCAGACGUUUGUAUCUCAGCAUUCCUGUGUGAAUGCAACAGAGCUUGAUGAACUCAUUCAGCAAGUAGUGGCAGCAAUAAAUGCAGGAAUCAUACCUUUAGGAAACACAUCUACUCAGAUCAGUCACUGGGACUUGGGAAGUUCCUUCUUCUUUGCUGGCACUGUUAUUACCACCAUAGGCUUUGGAAACAUCUCACCACGCACACAAGGUGGAAAGAUAUUCUGUAUCAUCUAUGCCUUACUGGGAAUUCCUCUGUUUGGUUUUCUGUUGGCUGGUGUUGGAGAUCAACUAGGAACAAUCUUUGGAAAAGGAAUUGCCAAAGUAGAAGAUACCUUUGUUAAAUGGAAUGUGAGUCAGACAAAGAUUCGCAUAAUUUCAACAAUAAUAUUCAUACUGUUUGGCUGUCUGCUGUUUGUUGCUCUUCCUGCAGUUAUAUUCAAGCACAUAGAAGGCUGGAGCACACUAGAUGCAAUUUAUUUUGUGGUUAUCACUUUAACUACCAUUGGAUUUGGUGACUACGUUGCAGGGGGAUCAGAUAUUGAAUACCUAGAUUUUUACAAACCAGUGGUGUGGUUCUGGAUCCUUGUUGGGCUUGCUUACUUUGCAGCUGUCCUCAGCAUGAUUGGAGACUGGCUAAGAGUCAUAUCAAAAAAGACAAAGGAAGAGGUGGGGGAAUUCAGAGCCCAUGCUGCGGAAUGGACAGCCAACGUCACAGCAGAGUUCAAAGAAACACGGAGGCGUCUAAGCGUGGAGAUCUACGACAAGUUUCAGCGGGCUACCUCUAUCAAAAGAAAGCUCUCUGCAGAGCUGGCAGUCAACCACAAUCAAGACCUGACUCCUUGCAAGAGAACCCUGUCAGUCAACCAUCUAACCAGUGAGAAGGACAUCUUGCCAGCUCUGACAAAGACAGACAGCAUUUAUAUGAAUGGUUUGACACCUCACUGUGCAGCAGAAGAGAUAGCUGUUAUUGAAAAUAUUAAGUAGUUGUGACUUGGGAUCCCAGUCCUUGAGAAGCUCUUGGCUUAGACUAGCCAUAUACCUUUUUUUCUCCACCUUGUCAAUGAUCAAUGCUAAUAGCAUUUUAUAUGUGUGCAUGAGUUCCACAGAAACUGCAGUCCAGAGUUACCAUCACAUCUCUUCAAAGACUCAAGAUGAAUGGCACUUCUGUUAUUAAAAGAUGCUGAAACAAGCAAUGUCUUCUGCCUUUAUCUGCCCAGACUGUUUUUCACUUCUCCUAAUGUGCCAUAUGGCCUCAAGAAUGAAUCACACUUGUUAUGGUAACAAUGUAGCUUUGAGGGAUCAGUCCUUAAAAUUUCAGGGUCUACCUUACUGAGCCUAGGAAUGGACCAUUUAUGGACUACAACACAUUUGUAAAUGGCAAGAAAUUCUUAUGCAGCCUUUUACCUAAGAAAUUUUUGUCAGUGCCUUAUCUUUUGAAGAACCAGAACCUCUACAAUUCCUAUAUGGUUUUUGUUUGUUUGUUUUUUUGCAUGAGUAAUGUAUUUCAUUUGAGCUUUCGUUCUUCUUGAAAUGAUGGUGUUUUAAAGGUGUCUGUAGCGAAGAUACCAACCAGCAUGAAUGAAUGCCAAAACUCAACAAUCAUCAAAUCAAUGUCCUUAGCUCUAAAUUUAAAGGCACUGCAGUUUCACAAGUUGCGAAAAUAUCCCCCAGAAGCAUUUGUUUUACUCAGGUCCAGCUGAUACUUGUUCACACUGACUUGUAGAAUUUGCAGACCCACUUCAGGUUGUAUUUUUUCAAGUGGUGGUCAGCAGUCUUUUGCCUCUGUGUCAGAUGUACCAAAAAAAUCUGCAGCUUGUAUAUCACUAAAUUAUUUGGUAGAUGACAAGAGCAAAUAAAAAUUACUGUUAUGAGGAUGGGCAGGAGAGGGUAUAAUUGGUGCAUUCUGAUAACCAUACUAAGAAAACAAGGCAGAAACACACAGUAGUUUUUAGCGAGCAUAAACCCUCUGCCAGACAUUUGCUCUAAGAAAAGGAUUCUUAACUUCCUCUUUCAGUCAAGUCACACCAGACGCCACAUGCUAUUUUACGCAGGAAUCCUGCUGGAGUGCUUUCCUGGAUGUCCCACUGCACAGUGGCUGCCUGUGCUGGAGCUGUGACUAACAUGGGAAUGCAAUUGCAGCUGGUAUCACUGUGACUUCGUACACUUCAAACACAGAGGUGUCUGAAUACAAGUGCAGGCAUGGAGGAGAGCUGAUAAAUAGCACAAUCUGAAUACCAAUGAUUGUUCAGACAGGAUAGGCUGAUGAUAAGCAGGUCUAAACUGUACCAUAGGUUUUCUUUAUUGGUUUUAAGAAAACACAUAACUAUAAUUUUAUGUCCUCUGUUUUGCUUAUAGGUAUAUGUGGGAUUCAGAAGAAACACAGGAUGGAAUGGAUAGUUUUGUCUUUUUUACAUUUUUUUCUUAUGUUAGUCUAUUGUAACCUGGCUGUACAUAAAAUGAAUAGAACAGGCCUUAAAGAAUAAUUUAGGCUCUGUGUAAAUUAAAGAAGAAUGAGACUUUGCUGAUUGGGCAUGAUUCAAGUGGCAAAUCUACAGCAUCUCUGACCAUUAAAUAACAUGCAAGAUAUGAAUGUUAAUGUUUUUGGAUGCUUAGCUUGUUUUCUAAUAAAUAUAAGUUAAUAUGUAAAUUCAGUCAGUUCAGUGUAAAUAUCAGUCAAUUAACAUUUACAGAGAGUACGCUUUUAAAAUGAAGAAAGUUCAUAAAACAGCACGGAGCAAAUGCUCUUAUAAAAGAAAAAGACCCUUGUCCUCCCAGCACAGUGUUCUGAAUGUCCACAUGGUGAUAAUUCUUCUCGCCAUGUAUAAACUGUGAAUUGUAAUGAAAAAUAAAGUUUUUAAUUAAAAUAA